AUGGCAUCUACACCGCCUGCACGUGUUCCCAUCCCCAAGAAUGGCGUCGACUACCGCGGUACAGUGGUGCUCGCGCCCAUGGUGCGCUCCGGCGAAUUGCCCUCGCGCCUGCUCGCCCUCAAGUACGGCGCAGACCUAGUAUGGGGUCCGGAGACAAUUGAUCGCGCCAUCAUUGGUACUACGCGCCGCAUGAACCCGCACACGAACACGCUUGAGUGGUCGCGCCUGCCGACGAGCAAGCUCAAGAACCCCGCGUUGGACCCCGAAAACCGCGAAAGUGUGCUGUAUCGGAUACACCCGGAGCUGGAGAAGGGCAAGCUCAUAUACCAGAUGGGUACUGCGAAUCCAGAGCUGGCGGUGAAGGCGGCAAAGAUGGUGGCGGCAGAUGUGGCGGGCAUCGAUGUCAAUUCGGGUUGUCCGAAGCCCUUCUCGACGGCGGGCGGCAUGGGGGCGGCACUGCUCAAGACACCAGACUUGCUGUGCAAUAUUCUCACAAGUCUGGUAGAAGAAGUGGGCAAGCCGUACGAGAUUGGCAUCUCAGUCAAGAUCCGUAUACUGGACACACCCGAAGAGACAGCCGCGCUGGUCUCGCGACUGGUCAAGACGGGUAUCACAGGUCUCACAGUACACUGCCGAACCACCCCCAUGCGCCCUAGGGAGCGCGCCAUCCGACACCAGCUCAAGAUGAUUGGGAACAUCUGCAGGGAAGCGGGAGUCGCAUGCGUCAUGAACGGCGACGUCACAUCGCGAACCGAAGCGCUGAAGCUCAUGGAAGAAUUCAACGUCGACGGCGCCAUGAUCGCGACCGAAGCCGAGAAGAACCCGAGUUGCUUCCGAUCAGACGCAGAAGGCGGACCGCACGAGUGGCGCUCGCAGUGGAAGACCGUUGUCACCGAGUACAUGCGCUUCGCGCUGAUGGUCGAGAACAGGUGGGGCAACACAAAGUACUUACUUGGCCAGAUGAUUCCGGGCCGGGACAAAUGCUACCAGGCGAUGAACAAGUCGAGGUGCUACACUGAUGUAAUCGGCGCACUGGGUCUUGAGGGCGUCGAAGGCAUGCUUGAGCAUGCAAAGACGGUUGAUGCGCACCUUGGCAUACCGCCACAGGAGACGAAUGCGGCGAAGAAAGCGAGGGUCAGGGAGAUGAACAAGCAGAAUGCUCAGGCCAAGGAGCAGAAGGAGAAGCGCAAAGAACCACAUGACGAGCAACCGGAGGCAAAGCGGGUGAAGGCUGCUGAACCACCAGUGGAACGCCCAGCAGAAGUCGAGGCGCCCGUCGCACUCCAGCCUGAGGCGGCCACCCCAGCCCCUGCUGCGUUGAGUGUGUAG